AUGGACGCAAUACUGAAUUACAGUUUGGAAGAUACUGAAGAUUACUACACGUUACUGGGAUGCGAUGAACUGUCUUCGGUUGAGCAAAUCCUGGCAGAAUUUAAGGUCCGAGCCCUGGAAUGUCACCCUGACAAGCAUCCUGAAAACUCCAAAGCUGGAGAGACUUUCCAGAGACUGCAGAAGGCAAAGGAGAUUCUGACCAAUGAGGAGAGUCGAGCCCGCUAUGACCAUUGGCGAAGGAGUCAGAUGUCGAUUUCUUUCCAGCAGUGGGAAGCUUUGAGUGACUCAGUGAAAAUGUCAAUGCACUGGGCUGUCAGAGGCAAAAAAGACCUGAUGUUGGAAGAAUCUGAGCAGACUUAUACCAACAAGAUUGAACAUGAGGACUGGAAUGAGCAAAGACAAGUAAACAGAGAGGAGAUGGGUUCAACAACAGACAAAGUAGAGCAAAAAGAAUCUGAAUCCGAGUCCUUGGACAAGUCAUUCUCCCCACAAGAUCCAGAUUCUCCAGGAGCAGCUGAUGUGAACUAUUGGCACCUUCGUUUCCGCUGGUCUGGAGAUGUUCCCUCAGAACUCCUGAGGAAGUUUAGAAACUAUGAAAUCUGA